AACCAGGAGCAGAUCCCAUAACACGCUGGAAAGGAAAGAACAUCAUUAUGUGAUUUUUUAAGAAUGAUUUCUUGUUCUUCUGAUUGAAAAUAAUCCAACCUCUGAGUUUAUAAACUGAUAAACACGGUGGGCAUUCCUUACUCACAUCACACCAACAGCAGCAUCGAGGGGAGGCUUGAAUUACAUCAUUUCAUCACCUACGACAGCAUAAAAACACUUCAUCAGUCAUCAGACCUGAUCAGGCGAGGGCUUCAGGCAUCAUGGGCAGGACCACCAUCCUCUGGUUUCUCCUCCUUCUCUCUCUCUCUGUUCCGAGUGUCUCCAGCAUCAAGACCCUGAAUUCAAUUAGGGAACUAGCGGACAACAACAUUCAGUUUGGCAAGACAUUCGCCGGACAUGGCUUAAAGCUGCUUUACUGGCUGGCUCAUAACAUAUCGAUCGAUCAGAAUGAUGUCAUUGACCUCGGAUAUAUUAACCCAUCUCAGGGUCAUUAUGGCUUCCAUUACUUCGGGAAUAGGGAUCAACAGGGGCUUUAUAUAUUUCCCCAAGCCAAUAAUAUCCACUAUUACGCUCUCGGAAACCUCAAUGGCAACAUUCACCCUGGCAGCAAUACUUUGCCUAGCUACGUCACAGAGGACUUCACCAACACCAGAUGGGAUACUACACACAGGAACGAUGAAAGAAUUAUUGUCCAGAGCUACAGGUACAACCCGAGAAGAGUAAGGAGAGUUUACGCCAGCCUUCAUUACGAUCCAGACCGCACCUGGGAGAUCAGCCCCCAGCUGCUGAGGGAAAUUCGGAACAUCCCAACACUGGGGGCGUUCCUCAGACAGGUUGACUAUGACUUCAACAGCAGAAACAACUUCUAUGGAAAAAUCUUCCAUUGCACCCAGAGUCAUGACCUGCGUCGGCGGCGGUCGCUUCCUGAGUGUGACACAAGCGAGGGCCUGGCACUGGACAUGAAGCCUGUUUACAGCAACGCUAAUGCCAGGAUCACUUGGAGUGGCAUUCCCAAAACCAUUCUUACCAGUAACCUGUUCCUGAAUGUCUACGCCAACAUGGACAGCUCUACGGCACUGGAGAGCUACGAUGUGGGUUGGCAGAAGUCUGGAUCCAGAGACACCAGCGUGCUUCUGCAUCCCGGGCUGCAGGUCCGACUGAUGAAAAAAACAGGGGUGUGGCCCUGGGCCCAGUUCACACAGAUCUGGGCCGGGCCUGAAUUUGAUGAGGGUAACAGGAAGUUGCCAACUGACGUGCCUGGAUACGAUACCAGUCUGCUGCUGUUUGUUAAACAAGGCAAAGCCUGCGUCCGCCUCUACAUCAAGAAGAGCUUCACUGAUUGGAAGAAUACAUUUAAGUAUUCAUGGGUGGGGUUCUACCUGACUAGAGAUAUAGGGCACAGCAUCUAUGUGGCAUGGCAAUGGGCCACCAAGUUCUAUGAGAACCAAAACAAACACACAGAUGAAUACCUGGCAUACGAGUAUGACUUUGGAUUGGACAUCCACCGUGCCGAACAGGUUCGCUUCUUCCUUGAAAAGGCCCCCUCCAGUGUGCGAGCUCAGGCGGUGCCCUGGGGGCAGGAGGCCGUUGAGAAGAUUCAGCACAACGUGAGAGGUUAUGAAGCCCGUCUGCAACCGAUUGCGAUCGGAGGCAAGGUCUGGGCCCGUCUCUACAUCAAAAAGAGCUUCACUGACUGGAAGGAUCAAUUCGAAUAUGCAUGGGUGGGGUUCUACAGCAGUAACUCUGCCCUGAGCUACAGCUAUGACACUUGGCAAUCGGUGAUCAAGUUUAAUAGAAAUGAGGACCAAGACACAGAGGAGUACAUGGCUUAUGAUUAUAACUCUAACAUGGACGUCAGACAAGGGAUGGAGACUCGCUUUCUCAUGACUAAGGGCUACGACCAAGAGAAAUGCCGAGCAAGACUCUGAGGGUCUCUGGGGACCAGCGUGCUGUUGGUGUUGGUGUGCUAACGUGCUGUUGAGAUGUCCCACUCGGAAACACCCAGAACCAGACAUACUGAUGCGGUGUCCUGGGCUGUUAAGCACUCUGCAGGUCUCAGCUUCCUUACAUCCUUGCUUCCUUGCAUGCUUGCUUCCUUGCUUCCUCGCAUCCUUGCUUCCUUCUGAGAGCACAUGUGUGUCACGGGCUCCAGAAUCACAUUUAUCUGUUUGAAUUCUGCACAAGCUUAGUGACAAUAAUAUGGAAGUAGUACGCAUGUCAUAUUUGUACUUUACCCUAAUCAGAUCCCUAUCAAAUAAAUAUACUGUGGAAAGUAAAAAGUAAUAUUUGAUUGUGUUGAAAUAUGUGCAGAAAAAGAUACUGAACUAAAUACUACCAAAUAAAUCUAACA